AUGUUCUUCUUUUUCUUUUUCUUUUUCUUUUUCUUCCUCUUCUUCUUCUUCUUCUUCUUCUUCUUCUUAUUAUUAUUAUUAUUAUUAUUUCUUAAUUUGUUUGUUUAUCUAUUGUUUCUAUUGUGUCUUCUUUUCUUUCUUUCUUUCUUUCUUUUCUCUCUUCUCUCUCUCUCUCUCUCUCUCUCUCUUCUCUCUUUAUUCCUUUUAUCGUGUUUUAUGAAACCAUCACUGAGAGGCAUUUAUAAAAAGCAUACACACACAAAGAAAAAUCGCACAUCUGGUCUGUGGUCUCUUUUUUACCUCCCACCGACAAUCUUCCGGUUACUUCCUUCACUCCCACCGACAAUCUUCCGGUUCCUUCCUUCCCUCCCACCGACAAUCUCCCGGUUACUUCCUUCCCUCCCAUCGACAAUCUCUCGGUUUGGUCCUUCCCUCCCACGACAAUCUUCCGGUUACUUCCUUCCCUCCCACCGACAAUCUCUCGGUUUCUCGCUUCCCUCUCAACGACAAUAUUCCGGUUUCUUGCUUCCCUCCCACCGACAAUCUUCCGAUUUCUCGCUUAACUCCCUCCCACCGACAAUCUUCCGGUUUCUUCCUUCCCUUUCCGCCGACAAUCUUCCGGUUUCUCGCUUCCCUCCCUCCCACCGACAAUCUUCCGGUUUCUUCCUUCCCUCCCACCGACAAUCUUCCGGUUUCUUCCUUCCCUCCCACCGACAAUCUCCCGGUUUCUCGCUUCCUACUCAACGACAAUCUUCUGGUUUCUUCCUUAACUCCCUCACACCGACAAUCUUCCGGUUUCUUGCUUCUCCCCCGCCGAUAAUCUUCCGGUUUCCUCCUUCCCUCUCAACGACAAUCUUCCGCUUCCCUCUCAACGACAAUCUUCCGCUUUCUCGCUUCCCUCCCACCGACAACAUUCCGGUUUCUUCCUUCCCUUUCCACCGACAAUCUUCCGGUUUCUCGCUUCCCUCCCUCCCACCGACAAUCUUCCGGUUUCUUCCUUCCCUCCCACCGACAAUCUUCCGGUUUCUUCCUUCCCUCCCCACCGACAAUCUUCCGGUUUCUCUUUCCUCCCUCCCACCGACAAUCUUCCGGUUUCUUCCCUCCCUUUCCGCCGACAAUCUUCCGGUUUCUCGCUUCCCUCCCUCCCACCGACAAUCUUCCUUCCCUCUCAACGACAAUCUUCCGGUUUCUUGCUUCUCCCCCACCGAUAAUCUUCCGGUUUCUUCCUUCCCUCUCAACGACAAUCUUCCGGUUUCUUCCUUCCCUCCCACCGACAAUCUCCUGGAUUUUCGCUUCCCUCUCAACGACAAUCUUCCGCUUUCUCGCUUCCCUCCCACCGACAAUCUUCCGGUUUCUCGCUUCCUACUCAACGAAAAUCUUCCGGUUUUUUCCUUAACUCCCUCCCACCGACAAUCUUCCGGUUUCUUGCUUCUCCCCACCGAUAAUCUUCCGGUUUCUUCCUUCCCUCUCAACGACAAUCUUCCGGUUUCUUCCUUCCUCCUACCGACAAUCUCCUGGUUUUUUCGCUUCCCUCUCAACGACAAUCUUCCGCUUUCUCCUUCCUCCCACCGACAACAUUCCGGUUUCUUCCUUCCCUUUCCACCGACAAUCUUCCGGUUUCUCGCUUCCUCCCUCCCACCGACAAUCUUCCGGUUUCUUCCUUCCUCCCACCGACAAUCUUCCGGUUUCUCUUCCCUCCCUCCCCUCCGACAAUCUUCUUCCGUUCCCUGUUUCUUUCCUUCCUCCUCCCACCGACAAUCUUCCGGAUUCUUCCUUCCCCUCCACCGACAAUCUUCCCGGUUUCUCCCGUCCUCUCGUCCUACGACAAUCUUCCGGUUUCUUCCUUAA